GAGAGGGUGCUGCACAGAAAAUGGGGGACACACUGGAGAAGAGCUCUGAGGAGCUGGAGAGCUCUCUGGACAAUGAGUGCUCAGUGAAAAUGGAGGACCUGGUGGAAGUCUCGAGUGGCGAAAAGGUCAAGUUUGAUGACACAGGUCUCUCCCUGGUGCUCCAGAACGGCCUGGAGAACCUGCGGCUUGAAAACUCCCUUACAGAUGUCAUCCUGUGCGUGGACAGCAGGGAAUUCUCCUGUCACCGAGUGGUCCUUGCUGCAGCCAGCAAUUAUUUCAGGGCCAUGUUCUGCAAUGAUUUAAGAGAGAAAUAUGAAGAGAAGAUCAUACUUAAAGGAGUUGAUGCGGAAACCAUGAAUAUACUCUUGGACUACACCUACACCAGCAAGAUGCUCAUCACAAAGCAAAACGUACAGAAAGUCUUGGAAGCUGCCAGCCUCUUCCAGUUCCUGCGCAUGGUGGAUGCUUGUGCCAGCUUUCUCACCGAAGCCCUCCAGCCGGAGAACUGCGUGGGCAUCCUGAGGCUGGCUGAUGCCCACUCCCUGCACAGCCUGAAACAACAGGUGCAGAACUACCUCAUUCAGAACUUCACCCAGGUCCUGAACCACGAGGAGUUCCUGGAGCUGCCGGCUGACGUUCUCUGCAGCACGCUGAAGAGCGAUGACCUCUACGUCACGGAAGAGGCGCAGGUGUUCGAAACCGUCAUGAGUUGGGUCCGGUACAAGGAGCCGGAGAGGCUUCCGCUCCUGCCCGACGUGCUGCAGAACGUGCGCCUGCCCCUCCUGGACCCCUGGUACUUCGUAGAGACUGUUGAAGCCGAUCGACUCAUUAGACAGUGCCCAGAGGUCUUCCCUUUGCUUCAGGAAGCCAGGAUGUACCACCUGUCGGGCAAUGAGAUUAUCACAGAAAGAACCAAGCCCAGGAUGCACGAGUUCCAGUCUGAGGUGUUUAUGAUCAUAGGGGGCUGUACAAAAGAUGAGAAGUUUGUAGCAGAAGUGACUUGCCUGGAUCCUUUGAGGCGAAGCCGCCUGGAAGUGGCAAAAUUACCAAUCACAGAGCAGGAGACGGAGAAUGAGAAUAAAAAAUGGGUGGAGUUUGCAUGCAUUACGCUAAAAAAUGAAGUCUACAUAUCGGGUGGCAAAGAAACGAAGCAUGAUGUCUGGAAAUACAACGCCUCCAUCAACAAAUGGAUACAAAUUGAGUACCUAAAUAUUGGGCGAUGGAGGCAUAAAAUGGCUGUGCUGGGUGGCAAAGUCUAUGUCAUUGGUGGGUUCGAUGGCAUGCAGAGAAUCAACAGCAUGGAAGCAUAUGAUCCUUUUCAUAACUGCUGGUCAGAGGCUGCUCCCCUCGUGGUCAAUGUAAGCUCCUUUGCAGCAGCCAGCUACAAGAAGAAACUCUAUGUGAUUGGAGGAGGACCCAACGGGAAGCUGGCGACAGACAAGACUCAGUGCUAUGACCCUGCGACCAACACGUGGAGCCUGAAAGCUUCCAUGCCAGUAGAAGCCAAAUGCAUCAAUGCUGCAAGUUUCCGUGAUCACAUUUAUGUUGUGGGUGGGGCAAUGAAAGCACUCUACUCCUACAGCCCCCAGGAGGACACAUGGUGCCUGGUGACUCAGUUUACCCAUGAGAGAGCCAGUUGUGGGAUUUCUCCUUGCAACAACAAGUUGUUCAUCACCGGGGGCCGAGAUGAAAAGAACGAGGUCAUUGCGACUGUGCUGUGCUGGGACCCUGAAACUCAGAAGCUGACAGAAGAGUGUGUCCUGCCUCGGGGGGUGUCUCAUCAUGGGAGCGUUACCCUCAGGAAGUCUUACACGCACAUCCGAAGGAUUGUGCCGGGGGCAGUUUCUGUCUGACCUCAGGAGAACCGCAAAGGAACCCAACACCUCUGUGCCCAGUGGCACAGACCGCAGCGGUGAUGUUUGUUAGCUGCAGGUAGCAAUGGGUGGAAAUAGCACGGCUGAGGUCCUCCGGGGCAUAUCUGUAUAUAUGCUCAGCUCUUGCAUUUCCUCUGUACAGUAUACCCUUAAAUUAUCUUAAUUCCUUCCCCCCACAGAAAAACAAAGGAGCCAGCUGUAGUUUACUGCUGUCAACACAAUACCUCCAGUCAGGCAAAGAAAUGUGAUGUGUAGGUGGAAAAUUUACUUCCCAGCUACAUCUGCCCUGAAACAUGUUUGAACUGGCUCAGCUUGGUCCCGAUGUUUGCCCCACUAUUUAUUGUGCUAAGCUGGAUUUGCAGCACCUACUAGUGAAAAAAAAAAAGGGGGGAGAAACCCCCAAAAGACAAGACAAUGCCCUUUGGAAUGAAAGACUCGUAGCUGUAGUGAAACAUAAUGUUGUUUACUCCAAAGCCGUGUCUGGGGUUUUCUCCCUUCCAGUGGUUGGCAAGUUAGAUUAAGUUAGAACUUGUUUGUUUGCUUGAAGACUCUGUUAGUUUUUGAGUUCUGCCUGAGCAAAAGAACUCUGUCUCACUCUGCAAACCUUGCUGUGAUGGCCAAGAAGGAGAGUGCACAGGCUGCAGAUACAAACGAAGGCUAACCUGGUUCUACUGAGCAUUCAUUGUAGCUGGUUUCUAAUAAAGCUGACCAGAACUUA